AUGGGCAAAAGAAAGUUGGCCGAAGUUGCGAAGCCUGAAUAUCAGGCUGGUGGAUUGGCGACUCUUUUUGGAGUGUCUAGUGAUUCAGGUGAUUUUUUUUUGGCUGAAAAUUGACUGAAAAUGAGCCUAGGCUUGAUUUUCAGCUCGAAGUCUGCGAAAUUUUGAAAGUUUUGGAUCAAAAUUAGCUCCUGGCUCACUUUUGACUAAAAAUCUAGAAAAUAUGGGUGAAAAUGAGUCCAAGAGUUCUGAAAUUUUAGAAAAUGAUUGAAUUUGUCUGAAAAACUAUAAAAAAAUCCAAUUUUCAGCCGUAAUUCAAGAAGAAGUGGUUCAAGGAGCAUCAACAAUCGAAAAACCGAAACGCAGAAAAUUCGAAAAGAAACCGGCUGAAAAUUCAGAAGAACCUGUUGAAAAUCCUGAAAAACCGGCGCCGAAAACCGACAGAGCAAAACAAAGGUUUAUUCGUUUUCCCGCGCAAAAUUCCUUCAACUGAAAUUUUUGCAGAGAAAAUCGCACAAAAUCGAAGACCGCUAAACGAAGUUUGACCGAAGACAAUGCAAAAACGAUUUUUGUUGGAAAUAUGCCAUUGACUGCUACUGAAAAAUCGGUUCGAAAACUUUUUGCCGAAUUUGGACAGGUUGGUGAUUUUUGAUGAAGAAAAACUACGAUUCUCCGCGUUUACGCUGGGAAUUUUGAGCUAAAAAGUAAUUUACGGCGAAAAACUACGAUGCUCCGCAUUUACGCAAUGAAAUUUGGUAGAUUUUGAGCCGAAAUUCAGGAUUUUUCUGAAAACAACGAUGCUCCGAGGUUACACCUGUGAAAAGACGUGUUUUUAAGUGUAAAAGCAGUCGUAGUAUUUCAAUGGUUUUCCACUGUAAAAUCACGAUGUAAACGCGGAAUCUCGUACUGAAAAUUCUUAAUUUUUUGAAUUUUAGAUCGAUUCAGUGCGCCUGCGAAAUGUGAUUCCGAAAAAUGCGAAAAUCUCCAAACGAAUCGCUCAUUUGACUGGAAAAUUCAGCGAAAAACAGACGAGUUUGACAUUUUAUGUGAAGUUCGUUGACGCAGAAUCCGUCGAGAAAUCGCUGAAAUUGUGAGUUUUUUUUUAAAUUUUUCUUUGGAAAAAUCGGAUUUUUGAUUCCAAAAAACCACAUUUUCUUCAGAAAUGGCACAAAAAUCGAAGAGCACACGAUUCGCGUCGAUAAAUGCGGUCAGAAGAAGGAGUUUGGCAAAGAUUUGGCAGUUUUUGUUGGUGAGUGGAGAAAAAACUACGAGAUUCCGCGUUUACACCGUGAUUUUUGAUGAAAAUUGACACUCCACAAAAAUUCAAAUUUUUUCCAGGAAAUUUGCCAUUCGAUAUUUCCGAAGAUGCACUUCACGAUUUCUUCACCGCUCAAAUUGGGCCUGUCGACGCAGUUCGAAUCGUCAGAGACAAAGAAACUGGGCAAGGAAAAGGAUUCGCUUUUGUCAAUUUUAAAGUGAGUUUUUGAAUUUGGCGCCAAAUUUUGAUCUGCGGCGUGUUUUCCCAACCCACGACGCUAGAUUUACGCUGCAAAUUUGCCCCGCGAAGUUUCCAAAAUUCAAAAUUUCCAGGAUGAUUCCUCAACUUCUUUGGCUCUUUCAAUGGAAAAAAUCGAAAUGGAAAAACGUGAAAUUCGCAUCACAAAAGUUAUGAAAAAAGGUCAAAUUAAUGUGAGUUCGUCUAACUUUUGACCUGAAAUUAAAUUUUCAAUUUUUUUUGCAGAAAAUCUCGAAUGCGAAAAAGAAAAAUGCGAAUGCGAAUAACAAAAAAGCGGCGGCCACAAAAGAUGCGAAAAAAUUGGAGAAUUUCAAGUUUUCCACGAAGAAAGAGAGGUAAAUUUUGAAAUUUUGGGAAAAUACGAAUUCCCAGCGUGUUUUUACGCUAAAAAUACGCUGCAAAACUCUCUCACACUCACUUAUAAAAAGCGCGAAAAAAAGGAGAGGAGAGGAAAAGGGAGAGAUGGCCUAGUGGUACAAGGCGCUGGUUUUGAGUGAGUGGUGGCGGGUUCGAAGCCCGGUGGGCUCUCUAAGCACGAGACACAAUCAGUGACAGCAUCAAUUGUUGACGGUGAUUUACAGUGCGAAAUAGAAGUGUUGCUACUCCGUGUGAUCGGAACCCAAGUAGACGUUCGCUCCGUUGGUAAACAUACACUUUUUUCUAGAGCUGCAAAAAAACUGCCCGUUGCCCCCCCGCUCACACUUUUUUGAUUUGCCCGGGUAGCCCGCACCCGCCUUCCCGUUUACCCGAUUUGCCCGUUUGCCCGCAUACACUUGCCCGUUUGCUUCUUUUGCCCGUUUUGCCCGCCACACCGUGCAGUUUACAUGUGUGAAAACAAAAAACAGUGAGAGAGAGUGCACAAAAACGAGAGAUAGAAAAGAAAAAGAGAAGAAAAUGCACGGUGUGACGGGCAACGGGCAAAUCGGGCAAACAGACAGACGGGUGCGGGCUACCCGGGCAAAUCGAUCAUAGUGUAUCGAGGGUGUUCGAGCCGGGCCGGGGGGCAAAUUACCCUACUGCCAUGAGCGGCGGGCAGAUUUUUUGCAGCUCUACUUUUUUCCCUUUUUUUCAUGGUUACUGUAUCGUAGUUUUCCCCUCGAGACUCGAAUCAUUUUUACAGAUCCACGGAGCAAAACGAACGCCGAGCUCUCAAAAAAUCUGCCAAAAAAGCGAUCAACAAGAAGAAGUUGGCGAAAAAAGGAAGAAUUAUGCAGUAG